CAAGAUAAGAUAUCUUUUACUUAUAAUUAUUUUUCAUAUUGUCGAUUAUUUCAGGAUGCCGAAGAGUUACAAGACUAUUGUAUUAAAAAUAAGGUGAAAUAUAUGGUGAUGCUGAAAAGUUCCGAGACGGGAACUGUGAAAGUUCGGUUCUGGGAUAAAGAUAGAUUUCAGGAACGUAAACUGGCACCUUCAGAGGUCGUGGAUACUUUAUUAAAAAUACAUCGUUGUGAGGCAACAUCUGAAUUAGUUCGCAGUGAUAGUAAGACUUCCAAUGAUGCAUGUUCAGGAACUCCAUCUGUCAGUAUAACAUUCAUCUUCUCUGAAAGAGAUAAAAUCAAUGCUACUUCAAAACGCCGAGUUGAAAAUCAG